AAUUUCCAGCUGUAGGAAUUGAUAUUGGAAAUUGUAAAAUACUGAUUGACGAUUGUUGAAUGUUGUGCAAUGUUUUGUUUGUAAUUAUUUCUUAAUAAUUCAUAUUAAACGUAUACAUCAGAUACUUCAGUAUCAUACAUGAGGCGCGUUUUGUGUACAAUGGCUGUAUGUCAACAAAAGUUCAGUAUGUUAAGUCUAACUAAGAUGAUUAGUGAUUUUAAAGAGUUCAAGUUCAAAUCUCCACCGAGCUAUGCUGAGCUUCCUAUAAGCGAGAACCCUGAGUAUAACGUACCCGUUGCUGUGAAUAAUUUCAUAUUUUCUAAGGUGCCAACUGAGCCACUAACUGGCAAGCUGCACUUAGUUUGUGUAUCAGAAGAAGCUCUAACUGAUAUACUUGACUUAGAUCCAAAGGUUGCAGAUGAUGAGGAUUUUACCAACUUUUUGGCUGGAAAGUAUUAUCCAGAAGGUGCAUACUGUGUGUCACAUAGAUAUGGGGGAUAUCAAUUUGGUUUCUGGGCGGAUCAGCUUGGUGACGGAAGGGCUCACAUACUCGGAGAGUAUACUAACAGUAAAGGUGAAACAUGGCAACCUCAGCUGAAGGGAUCAGGAGAAACACCCUACUCUCGCUUCGGAGAUGGACGUGCUGUGCUCCGGUCUUCAAUUCGUGAGAUGAUCGCCAGUGAAGCCUGCUACCACCUUGGGAUACCUACCACGAGAGCUGCGGGAUUGGUUGUGAGUGACGACCACAAGGUGUGGCGUGACAAGAGUUACAGCGGUAUGGCCAAGCAGGAGCGAGCUGCCGUGGUGAUGCGUCUGGCACCGGCCUGGUAUCGCAUCGGAUCCUUCGAGAUACUGUGCAGAAAGAAGGAGUACACCCUUGAGGCUACCUUCGCUGAUUUUGUCAUAAAGCACCAUUUCCCAGACAUCAGUUUGGAAGAUGAAGACAGAUACGUCAAGCUAUUCUCAGAAGUGGCUCAUAGGAACUUAGACAUGGUCGCCUCGUGGCAAGGUUUCGGUUUCACUCACGGCGUGUUGAACACAGACAACAUAAGUUUACUGGGUCUGACCAUAGACUACGGACCUUACGGCUUCGUAGAGCACUAUUAUGACCACUACGUGCCAAAUUCGUCGGACGAUAGAGGCAGAUAUGCCUACAAAAUGCAACCGGAGAUACUGUUAUGGAAUUUGGACAAAUUUUUAGAGGCGUUGAUACCAAUAUUGACAGAGGAACAGAUUCGCAAGGCGCGUGAUAUACAAAGAGAACUUGAGAAAUAUGUUGAAGAUAAAAUUAGGAUAAUAUUUAACAAAAAGCUAGGCCUGACGAUAAUUGAAGAUGGGGACGAUGUUCUUGUGAAAGACCUGCUCGGUAUGAUGCAAGAGACUACAGCUGACUUUACUGGGACGUUCAGACAACUGGCUGAGGUGAAACCAGAUGAGCUGUUGAAUACUGAUGCACUGAAAGAUAAGUGGGCUCUGAGUAAGGUGGGGAAAGCGAAACGAUGGGAACUGUGGGCUCGAAGAUACAUUCAACGCUUGUCGGACGAACAAGUGAAUGAAAAUGAUCGCAUUGAGCUCAUGAACUCUGUGAAUCCGAUCUAUGUUCCGAGGAACUGGAUACUGCAGGAGGCCAUAGCGGACGCUGAGAAUAAUAAAUUCCAUAAGGUGCGGCAUUUGUUGGAAGUGUUCAAGGAGCCGUAUGAGGUGAAUGAAGAAGCUGAAAAAUUGGGAUAUUCCUCCCAGCCACCCAGCUGGUCUUAUGGGCUUAAACUUAGUUGUUCUAGCUAAGUUUAUGGUUAUUGGUGGUGGGACGUGUGCUUCGUUUAAAGGCUUUAAGUCGUAUAAGAACAUAUUACCGUUUAUAUUAGAAAUUUUCAGCAAAGUUCAAUUUACAUUACAUUAAAUAAAAUAAAAAUAUAGUGAUCUAAAAUUACUAUAAAAUUUUUGUCUGUGCAUUGUUUGUGGAUGCUAAUCUCAAACAAUUUUAAUCACUGAUUUUAUAAAUGAUUUUAGUAAAUUAGGUUUUACUUUUUUGAUUUUAGUUAAUAUUAUUGAUAUGAAAUUGUUUUAAAUAAUAGAUAGUUAUAAUGGAUACAUGUAUAUAUAUGUAGGUGAUAUUGUCCAGAAAAACUCAUAAAUUAACAUAUUUGAGUAGUUUGCUAUGGCUGUAUAAAAGUUAUUGAUUAUAUGUGAAUAAAUCAUGUUAGUAUACUAUUAAAAAGAAUCUUAAGUUAUUGAAUAAGAAAAAUAUGGCUGCAAAAAGAAAAACCAGAUAAUUUUUUUAGAUAUGUUGAAUAAAUAUCAAAAUAUAACGGCUGUGUUGCAGUCGAGAUUAAAAUUAACUAAAAUGAAAGCAAUUGUAAUAUUUGAGUAUCCAUGUAUUUGAAAUUGUAAUAUUUUAUAACUCUCUUAAUUAUUUAUGCCACAAAGAUUAGGAAGUGCAGGUAAUUAUAUAAAUAUAUAUAAGUUAUAAGAGAACAGACUGGAUAUUGUCACAAAAUGACGCGUGCGCAGAAUUCUGAUUGUUAUUGAGCUUAGGAUAGGGCUGUCACCUUUUGGGGACAGCCGCUUUACAAUGUUUGCUUUGUUGUUGAUAGUAAAUAAAAUUAAUUUUCAAGAAUUGACAAAAUUAUAUUAUUCUAUAUAUAUACUAUGGAAUUCUUUCCGAUGAAAUCAGAAAGGCUCAAACUCUUCAAUCUCUCAAAACAAUGCUCCUUAAUUAUUAUUUAUCACUGUGACAAAUUCAUUAGUUCUUUUGCUGGUUUUAUUUACUGUAUGAGUAUUUUUAAAUUAUAUGUAUAUCGAUAACACCACCUACUGUGAUUUUAUCAACUAAAACUAUUUCAGUUUAGUCAGUAUAGGUUGCCUGGAGGAAGUCGCUCUUAAGGGAUAAGGCCUCCUAUUGCUUGUAAUGUAAUAUUUUUUUUUAUGGAAUAGGAGGACAAACGAGCGUACGGGUCACCUGUUGUUAAGUGAUCACCGCCGCCCACAAUCUCUUGCAACACCAGAGGAAUCACAGGAGCGUUGCCGGCCUUUAAGGAAGGUGUACGCACUUUUUUUGAAGGUACCCAUGUCGUAUCGUCCCGGAAACACCGCACAUGGAAGUUCAUUCCACAGCUUUGUAGUACGUGGAAGAAAGCUCCUUGAAUACCGCACUGUGGAGGACCGCAACAAAUCCAGAUGGUGAGGAUGAUAAACUAACUUGUGGCGUGUCGUGCGAAGGUGGAAUUCGGCGGCAGGAAUCAGGAUAAAUAGCUCUUCGGAACACUCUCCGUGAUAAAUGCGGUAGAAGACACACAAUGAAGCGACGUCUCUACGCAACGCCAAGUGAUCCAGCCGUUCACAGAGCACUGUGUCCCGACAAUUCGAGCUGCUCUGCGUUGCACGCGGUCAAAUGGAUCGAGCUGAUACUGGGGUGCGCCAGACCAGAGAUGAGAGCAAUACUCCAUGUGUGGCCGGACCUGCGCUUUGUAGAGCGCUAGUAUGUGGGCCGGCUUGAAGUAUUGCCGUGCUCUAUUAAUGACGCCCAGUUUUUUUGAAGCCAAUUUGGCUUUGCCCUCCAGAUGACCACGAAAUUGGCAAUCGCUCGAGAUUUUGAGACCCAGUAUUCCGAUACUAGGCGAGGCUUUAAGGGAAGUGUUGUCGAAGAGCGGUGAUACGACAAAUGGGGUUUUUUUAGUGGUAAACGCGCAAACUUGAGUCUUCUGGGGGUUAAAUUGGACAAGGUUCAAUUUACCCCAUUUCGCGACAUAGACGACACAAGUUUCUCCCGGCACUGGUCGACGAUUUCCCGAGAGAGACCUGCAUGGCCCAUGUAUACGGCAUCACCAGUGCUGUCGUCUGCAUAGCAAUGAAUGUUGGAGGUGUCCAACAUAUCAUUGAUAUGCAGAAGAAACAGCGUGGGAGAUAGCACACAGCCUUGGGGCACUCCAGCAUUCACGGGCUUCGGGUUCGAGCAAUAUCCGUCGACAACGAUUUGUAUGCUGCGCCCAGUGAGGAAGCUGGAGGUCCACUUGCACAAGCUCUCGGGAAGCCCAAAUGAUGGAAGUUUUGAGAGGAGCGCCUUGUGCCAUACACGAUCAAAGGCCUUCGCUAUAUCCAGGCUAACUGCCAGGCCUUCCCCCUUGCUUUCAAUAGCCGCAGCCCAUCUAUGUGUUAGGUAUACCAGAAGAUCACCUGCCGACCGACCAUGGCGAAACCAUGCUCUUCAUGAUUUUGGAGAGCAGGGAGGUAAUAGCAAUAGGCCUGUAGUUUGCCGGAUCCGAACUGUCUCCUUUUUUUUGGAUCGGAUGGACAAGGGCUGACUUCCAUGAGUCAGGGACUACGCCUUUUGAAUAAGAGUGCCGGAAUAAACGCGUAAGCACCGGCGUCAACUCAGGGGCACACGUUCUAAGCACGAUUUGAGAAAUGCCAUCCGGCCCGCUCGACUUCCUGACGUCCAACCAAAACAGAGCUCGCCUAACAUUUUCCGUCUGAAUUGUACUUAUACAUAGAGCUCUGACACCGCGGGAUGGUCGGCGGUGUUUUUCCGUUGUCGUCAAGAGUCGAGUUAGAGGCGAAAAGAGCGCACAAGAGAUCGGCUUUCUUUUUUGCCGUAUGGGCCAGGGUGUCAUUCCUCAUGUGCAACGGCGGCAUGGACGGCUGGCCGAAGUAACCAAGAGCAGCUUUCGACAACGACCAGAACUUGCGUGUUCCGGUCGGGUAACUGGAAUGCUGCUCGCCGAUUUUGACGACGUGUUUUGACUUUGCACGGGCGAUUUUCCGCUUAAAAAAUCUGGAGGCACGGUUGUAUUUCCUCUUAAGAACUAUGCAGUUCGGAUCCUUUGUGCCCAGCGCCGCAACCCAAGUUCGAGUCUGCGUAGUCUGUGGUACGUGAUCCAAGCCAUUCGGCAUUGUGCCCGUUGAAAUCACCCAAGACUACGAUUUCAGCGGAGGGGAUCUUUGCAAGCACGUCGUCAAUUGCCGCUUGCACGCAGCCCAUGAGAUGAUCGGUUUCUGCGUUACCACUAUGGGACCUGUAGACACACGCAUAGAUGCUGACGCGGUCCUCUAAAUCUACGUGGAGCCAGAGAGUGGACAGGUCUAGACCUACCCUCAAAAUUGCCGAGACGGCGACAGCAGAUAUCCUUCCUAACGUACACACAUACCCCGACAUGAGGCAAAAAAUUGUGCUCAAUUUUGUACCCGGGGUACGUUAAAUAUGACGUAUCGCUAGGUCGAGAUAUCUGCGUCUCCGUAAGGAUACACAAGGCCGGCUGCGCCGUCUCAAGGUGGUGGUGGACGGCGUUUAAAUUGGAGUGAAUUCCCCUGAUAUUGCAAAAUUCCACGUUGAGUGUGGGGCGGGGAGCCGUGGUGUUAGUUUUAUGUUAAUUUUAAUUAUUUUUUGCAUAAUGAGAUAAUCAAAAUUGAAACAAGUUUUUUAGACCAUUUUUCAUAAAAUUACUUCCUUUUCCAAUUGCUGUCUUGAAAGUAUAAAAAAAACUAACAAUUUUUUUUUUCUAAUGAUAAUUUCAAAGUUAACUAGCAUAGAAUUGAUGUCUUCUUGACAGCAUUCAUGUUAAAUGAUUCUUCGAUCAAAGUAGUUAAAUAAAUUGUUAAUUUUGUUGUAGUUUUCAUAGAUUAUUUAUUGUGUAUGCAUAAUGUAUAAUAUAUAUUAAUUUUGUACAUAUUAUUGUGAAUUGUCUAAUUAAUGCAUAAAUUUUGUUACAAUUAUAUAUUUGCGUUUUCAA